UUAAACAAAUCCUUAUGAAUUCCAAUACCAGAGUAAACAAAGUUAGUUCAAACCCCAUUAAAACACCACUUUAAGUAACUUUGCCCACUAAAAUAACAUUACUAUUAAUUUAAGUUUCUUCCUUCUCUCUCUCACAGGCACUCAUCCACCAAACUGUCCAAAUCUUUCUUUUUGAUGCAUAUAUUUUUUUCUUCUCUCUCCUAAAAAAGGUUCUGUCCGUUACUUGGCACUGUGACUCUGUGAGGUGUCUCUGUUUCUUGUUUCAUUCCAUUUAUUGGUUUUUUUUCUGUGUCAGUUUUUUUUUUGUGUUCAACAACUUAUGUUAGCAAAAACGGUUCUGUCAAACAUGGAAAGAUCAGAACUUUGUGAAGUUGAGAGCUUUGGUUUUGAGGAAAAAAAGAUUGCUUUGCUUCUUUUUACCAAACACAAUUCUGGGUUUUCCCAUAUACAGCCUAAAAAAACUAAUCCUUGCUUGUUUUACACUGUUUGUGGGGGUCUUAUGUUAAUCUAACUUCCCUUUUCUUCUUGCCUCAAGUAACCUGUCUAAUCUCUUAAUAUCAAAUACUUCCAUUUUUUUAUUACUUUAUCUGGUUCUUAAUUUUCUUCAUCAUCAUCAUCGAGGGAGCUUGUUUAGAGAUUUUGUGAGAUUUGGUGCUUUAUGGGAUGCGGAUGUUGAUGCCACUGAUUCUUCAGCUUGCCGGACUCUGCAUCAUUGGCUUUGCUUUAAUUGUUCAAGGAUCUUCAGGGCACAAUGCAUCCCCAUCUCCAGCAAAGUUUUUUAUGUUUCUUCCUGCAGAAGGAAUCCCUAGUGCUGUUGAACAAAGAAGCGAUGCACCAAGCACACUAUCUCAGCCAAAUGGUUCAGAUUUGCAUUCUCCUCCUGCAUUACCACCUCUUAUGUUUGCCUCAGUGCCUGGAACGACUGAAGGGCAUGCACGUUCCUUUUCGCCGAGUAAUUCAAUGGAAUUGCCACCAUAUAAUACAGCUCCGCCUCCAUUUACCAUUGAAGAACGAGUACCAUCCUUGGCACCAAGUACUCCUGUGGUGUUGCCACCAUUUGAAACAGCUCCUCCACCUAUGCUUGUUCAAGUACACUCACCAUCAAAGUCAGCAACUGCUCCGCAGAAGAAGGAACCAAUUAUGAAGUCUCCUCCCUUAGUGCCAGAUGCUCCAGCUCCAGUUGCAUCACCCUCAAGGAAUUUGACUCAGAAUUCACCAGCUAUCCACCCAUUUCCAUCAAUAACACCAACACAGAAUUCUCCAGAAAAUUCACCAGUUGUCCAUCAAACUCCAUUUGCACCGCCACUGAGGAAUCCACCACAAAAUUCCCCACCCACUUACUCCAGCAGGCGAAGUGCUUUCCCCCCAAUUUCUAAUCAAAGAAAUUCGUCAAGUAAUAGGGCACCUGUUCUGGAGCCAACUGCUCCAGCUCCAGUUGCACCACCAUUGAGGAAUCCACCACUAAAUCCCCCAGCUAUUCACUCCAGUAAGCCACAUGCCUUGGCCCCAAGUGCCAAUCAAGGAAAUUCAUCAAAUAAGACAGCACCUGUUACGGAGCCAAUUGCUCCAGUUCCAGUUACAACACCUUCGGGAAAUUCACCACGAAAUCAAACAGCCAUUCACUUAAGAGGGCCAACCGCGUUAGCACCAAGUGCUCCUAUUCCAAAGCCCACUGCUCCAGCAGUUGCAUCUCCCCCAAGGAAAUUAGAAAGGACUCCACCACCUGUCCACUCAAUCAUGCCACCGUCCAUUUUACCAGUUGUAUCACCACCAGGAGAAUCACCCCACAUUUCACCAACCAUCCACCCAAAUGUGCCAGAAGGAACUCCAUCUCAGUUACCAGAUCCUGAUAUAUCUCCUGUUUCAACUCCACCCUCAAGCAUUAACUGGAAAAAUGAUGGAAUACCAGUUGCGUCACCUAGGAAUGAGAUACACAAGCCAAUGCCACCUUUGAGCCAUACCCCAGAAAAUGGUUCUUCCUCAGCCAAAUCUCCUUUGGCACCCAAAGCUAUGAGGCACACUGGUAAUUCUCCUGUUUCAUCUCUCGCUCCUUCAAAUAAAGGGUUUAACCCUCCCGCAUUGUCACCUUCAAUCUCGUUUCAUAAGCAUCAACAUACAAGAAAUGGAAGAACCAGUCCUGCUCCUGCAUCAUCAUACCUGAUUUCACCUCCUCCUUUGAAACAGCAAGGUCCAGUUAUCUCUCCAGCAAUUCUUCCUGGAAGAAGGCGAAGACACUAUGCUCCUGCACCCCUUCAUUCUGUUUCCCCAUCCCAUUCUGCUGUUCCUUCAUCAGUAAGCACUGUUUCUCCCAUUCCUUCACCAUCUCCAAUGAGUGCAUCUAGGCAGACCAAAAUGCCACAUAACUCCCCAAAAGGUUCUCCUUCUGUGUCUCCAUUGAGGAGUCCCAAGGUGCCACCUCCGCCACCGGUUAUGUCAUUUCCACCUCCACCUCCUAAUGAAGAUUGUUCAACAACUAUUUGCACAGAACCUUAUACAAAUACACCUCCUGGAUCUCCGUGUGGCUGUGUCUUGCCAAUGCAAGUUGGAUUACGCCUGAGUGUUGCCCUCUAUACUUUCUUCCCUUUGGUUUCUGAGCUGGCAGCGGAAAUUGCUGCUGGAGUUUUUAUGAAACAAAGUCAAGUUCGCAUUAUUGGAGCUAAUGCUGCUAGUGAGCAACCUGAGAAGACAGUUGUCCUUAUAGACUUGGUACCGCUUGGUGAAAAAUUUGAUAACACCACAGCCUUUUUAACUUAUCAGAGAUUUUGGCAUAAACAAGUUGCCAUAAAAACUUCAUUAUUUGGGGAUUAUGAAGUGUUAUAUGUGCGCUAUCUUGGGUUGCCUCCUUCUCCACCUUUGCCACCUUCCGACAUUGGUAUAAUUGAUGCUGGACCAUAUUCUGGUGAUGACAACAAUGCAAGGGCUAUAAAGCCCCUUGGUGUUGAUGUGCAUGGAAAGCGGCAUAAAAAUGCGCUUAGUGGUGGCGUGAUUGCUAUAAUUGUUCUGUCUGCUUUGGUGGCUAUGGUGUUAUGCUCUGCCAUUGCAUGGGUUUUGCUUUUCAGACAUAGGGAUCAUGCUAGUCAACAAGCAGCAGCUACACAGCCUCCGCUAACAUCUCUUGCCAAACCAUCAGGUUCUGCUGGGUCAAUGGUUGGAAGCGGUCUAAGUUCCACAUCACUGUCCUUUGGCUCUAGCAUUGUAGCUUAUACAGGAUCUGCGAAGACCUUCAGUACCAGUGAUAUAGAAAAAGCCACUAACAAUUUUGAUGCUUCAAGAAUACUUGGGGAAGGUGGAUUUGGUCGUGUUUAUAGUGGUGUUCUUGAAGAUGGAACUAAAGUGGCAGUCAAAGUUCUGAAGAGAGAUGAUCAGCAAGGUGGCAGGGAAUUCUUGGCUGAGGUGGAGAUGCUUAGCCGUCUUCACCACAGAAACUUGGUGAAGUUGAUUGGUAUAUGCACAGAGGAGCGCAACCGCUGCUUGGUUUAUGAACUCAUUCCAAAUGGCAGUGUUGAAUCUCACUUGCAUGGAGUUGACAAGGAUUCUGCACCACUUGACUGGGAUGCCCGGAUAAAGAUAGCCCUUGGUGCUGGUCGUGGACUGGCUUAUCUCCAUGAAGAUUCACGUGUCAUCCACCGGGAUUUUAAGUCAAGCAACAUCUUGUUGGAGCAUGAUUUCACACCAAAAGUGUCUGACUUUGGUUUGGCUCGAACUGCCAUGGACGAGGAAGGCAGGCACAUUUCGACACGUGUCAUGGGAACUUUUGGGUAUGUGGCUCCUGAGUAUGCAAUGACUGGCCAUCUACUUGUGAAGAGUGAUGUUUACAGCUAUGGUGUAGUCCUUCUUGAGCUUCUGACGGGGAGAAAACCCGUAGAUAUGACACAGCCACCAGGUCAGGAGAAUCUAGUUGCAUGGGCUCGUCCUCUUCUCACAACCAAAGAAGGGUUAGAAACAAUUGUAGAUCCAUCGCUAGGUUCUGAUGUUCCUUUUGAUAGUGUGGCCAAAGUAGCAGCAAUAGCUUCAAUGUGUGUUCAACCAGAGGUAUCACACCGACCUUUUAUGGGUGAGGUUGUUCAGGCUUUAAAACUAGUAUGUAACGAAUGUGAUGAGGCAAAAGAAGUAGGUUCAAGAUGUUCUAGUCAGGAUGAUUUGUCCAUUGAUCUGGAUGCUAGGGUUAGUACUGGCUCAGGACAAUUGGCUGAUCCCAUGCAAAGCCAUUAUUUGAUUCCUAACUAUGACACUGGUCUUGAUACUGAGAGAGGACUAUCAGUGUCAGAUUUGUUUAGUUCAUCAGCAAGAUUUGGAAGGCAAUCAUCUGGGUCAUUUAGGAGGCACUGUAAUUCAGGUCCCUUGAGAACAGCGAGGGGCAGUCAUUUCUGGCAAAAAGUGCAAAGAUUGUCGAGGGGCAGCAUCAGUGAACAUGGUGUUAUGACGAGGUUCUGGCCAGGGUCACAGUGAAAUAUCCCUCUUCCAUGCAUGUACAUCAGCUUGUCCUUCAAUUUUUUGGCACAGAGCAUUUCCUUGCUCCCCCAUUUGAAACUGGGAAAUAGACAAGGAAACUCUAGAGAAAGCAAAAUUGUGCAGCAAUAUUCUUAAUUCAGAACUUCUGAUGGUUGUUAUGGCGAGUUUGUAUCAACCUGAAUAAGCGUCAGAUUGGCAACUGCAGGAGCUGUCAACAUGCAGCUGCACUAUGAGCAUAGAAUGAAUUGUUCACUUGCCUUUUAUGAUGGAAGGCUUCCAUGAUCUACACCCCGAAUUGCGUUGUGGGGGUUGAGUAUUGAUAAUAAGAUGGGGCAAAAUUUCCAUUUUGAGGCUCAGAAUUAUUCUGAGUUCGUCUUGAUCUUCUCUUCUUGGAAGGAAGAAGUACCCUUUGUACUCCCCGAGACCCCCCACCCCCUCAACACCUUUUUGUUCUGUGAAUUCCCAUCUCACUCAAAUGUGUAGAACCUUUUGUUUUCUUUGUAUCAUGAAAUGCAUCUGUUUCUUAAUGUCAAAUCUGCAGAAUUCUAAAGAAAUUGAUAUCUUCUCUUUUGCAAACGUAGGUUUAUAGGGCUAUAUGGCAUAAGCAUGUACAUUUGAGGGGCACAAAGGCUUGAUAAGAUGAGGCCUGCUUUAGCCCCAUGAUUCAUGAAUGAAGUAGACUUGCCACU